CCGGGAAACCGUCCAAUGAAAUGAUGCAAAGGUGUCCGGGAAACCGUCCAAUGAUAUGAUGCAAGGCCAAAAUUAUAAAAUCCUGAAAACUCGCGCACGUUCCAGGAAGCUUUGCCAACCAACCGCACUUCUACCAUCAGCUGAUAACUGGUACAACCAUCUCCAUCCUGUCUUCUGUAUAUCUGAGAUAAUCCUCUUCAGAAGACUUUGUUUUACCAGAUUUACACGUUGGGAGAUCAGCGGUGACCUACCUUCAUCUCCAAUGGCGGCCAAUGAGAUGUCUUCUGAACCUCACACUGUGCUCUUACAGGAAAAGAUGGACGUUGUAGACGGAUCAGAAGGGGAAGCCGUAUCUGUCAAGGCCAGAAAGAGAAAAGUAAAGAAGACGCUUUUGUCCUUAGGCAUGAAUGUUACAGAGAAUUGCGACCCUCCUGUAAUCGCGGUCUUGGGAUCGGGGGGUGGACUCCGCGCCAUGGUUGGUUUUCUGGGAACAAUUUCCAAACUGGCCGAACUCAACCUUUUAGGUGCCGUUACUUACAUCGGUGGGAUAUCUGGAUCAACGUGGUGUAUGUCCUCCCUGUAUUCUAAUGAUAACUGGUCAGACUUUUCACGGAUAGAAGAUCUGGAGAACCUGUUAUGUGGGAGAAUCAAGACGGAGACUGAACGGAAAUGGGCAAAGUCAUGGGAGGAGAUCAAAAAGACGUUUCACGGAGACACGUACUCUCUGACAGAUCUUUGGGCCUAUACAUUCGUCUUCUCCGUCAUGAAUUAUAUCAAUGAAGGAAAGCUGUCCAGUCACCAGAAGAUGUGUGAGGACGGUGAAGUCCCGUAUCCCAUCUACUCUGCUGUUGCAAAGGAUAAAUUGCACACAAACGAUGCAGAAGCUUGGUUUGAGUUCACCCCACACAAGUGCGGAUUUCCUGCCCACAAUUGCUAUAUAAAGACCGAACAUCUGGGAUGUCGGUUUAAAGAAGGACGUUUAUUGGAGGAGGAGCCUGAAUAUAACCUUAUUUAUCUUCAAGGAUUGUGGAGCAGUGCACCCGGCGUUGAUUGGGUUCAGCUGAUCUUACGAGAAACGUAUAAGAAACUGACGCAAGGUCUAUCUGGAGCAAAAGACGGAACUGUAGGAUUCCUCACAAGAGUCUGGAAUUGGAUUUCUGGUAAGAGGGAAGAAGAGACACUGGGGCCGUGUAGUAUGAUGACAGCAGAAAUUUCUAAAUCCUGGCCUGAAUUUUUCAAAGAUGUCUAUGGAAAUACUGUAGUGAUGAAGAACAUCGUAUCUUGUCUGGCACAGUGGGAAUGGGGAACGACAAACAAUUUCCUCUACCAAUGCAAACAUAAAAUCCCAGAAAACUGCGACCUCCUCCAUCAGGAGCACAUCUGUCUGGUGGACGCCGGCGUGGAAAUUAAUACCCCGUACCCCUUGGUGUUGCCUCCGCAUCGCAAAGUAGAUCUGAUUUUAUCUUUUGACUUCAGCCAGGGAGAUCCAUUCGAGACGGUGAAAAAAACAGCUGAAUACUGUGAGGGGCACAAAAUUCCCUUCCCGAAAAUCCCUGAAGAAAGUUAUGAGUUCCCUCCAACAAAAAGCUGCUACGUCUUUGAAGGAGAUGGAAAAGAGACGCCCGAUGUGAUGCACUUUCCUCAGUUCAACACCCAGACCUGUGGAGAUGCUGAAAUGAUAGAGGCCCUAAGCAAGAAGUUUGCAACACGUGUUCCUUCCUAUGAUGAAUCUAAUAUGAAUGAACUGCUGGACAUCGCUAAGAAAAAUGUGAAGAGCAACCUGGAGCAGAUCCAAGGCAAAAUACAACAAUGUGUUGGGAGGUGUAACAAGAGGGGGAGUGUCUCAGACACACCGGGCGAGGACCAAUAAAAAUGCCUGCAAACUGGAUCGAAUAUGAUGAGGGCUAAAAUGUUUUAUGGGAUUGGCGAGGUUAAGGUGACCUUAGCUACCUUAUAUGUACCCAACAAUCACCACGACCUCUUCAUUAGCCAUAGUCUUGGCAAACUCCUCAAGUGUGUUGAGGGCCAAUUGAUGGGCAAUAUUUCCCUGAUCCCUUCCAUGGAUACCUCUUCAGCCCCCCCCCGUUCCCCCUAGGAUCCCGUAAAAAAAUCCCACAAGCACAGUUGGUGGCGCUUACUACUUCCUGUUUCCACACUGUCAACUGCAUGCCAUCAUAGAUUCUUUUAUUGGCACAAUUACAUGGUCGGGCCAUGGACCCGUUGUCUUUCCCCUUUGCCCUCUCCAAUGUACCUUUUUCUAACCGAAAGGUUUGUGGGGAUGAGGCCCUUGUUCCCGCUUUUCCUGGGUCCUGCCAGGUUGCAUGCUCGGAUAAGGG